AUGUCAGGAUAUUUCCGUUCUUCACUCAGGGUUGCCGGUGCAGCAACGGUGGGAGCUACAGCGGGCUAUACAGCAUGUCAUUACUGGAACACGACCUUCUUCCGAUUUAACACCGUUCAUGCCGAAUCUCCUCCCUCAGAUGCCAAGGCAGCACUGAAGAAAAUGGAAUGGAAGGGUUUCACAGAGCUCAAGCUCGAAAAGGCUGAAAUGGUCAAUCACAAUGUCAAAAAACUGACUUUUGCUCUGCCUGACGAUUCCUCAAUCACCGGGGUCCCCCCAGUCACAUCUCUCUUGACUAGACAUACGCCUGAGGGUGCCUGGGUCCCAGUCUUCCGACCAUAUACCCCUGUCAGCGCCAACGACCAACCUGGAUAUGUCACGUUCAUGGUCAAGAAGUAUCCUAACGGCAAGGGGUCCGGCAAAAUGCACUCUUUGAAGCCUGGUGAUUCGAUGCUGUUCAAACCUCUUCACGAAUUCGACUACAAGCCGAAUCAAUACUCCGCUAUGACCUUCAUCGCUGGAGGGUCUGGUAUCACUCCGAUCUACCAAUUGACCCGGGCCAUUCUCAACAAUCCCGAGGACAAGACCAAGAUCGCCCUAGUUUAUGCAAACAACACUGAGGAGGACAUUCUGCUAAAACCUGAAUUCGAUGAACUGGCGAAGCAAUUCCCUGACCGUUUCACGAGGACCUACACCAUCAGCAAGACCACCCCUGAAAACGAGGGUCUCUACCACCAAGGCUACGUGAACAAGACCGUCUUGAACCAGGUGAUGCCUCACAAGAUGAACGAACGGAAUGUCAAGGUUCUCGUCAGUGGGCCUCCUGCCAUGAUUGAAGCUGUGGCUGGCGCUAAAGGUGGCUUUGGAUGGACUCAGGGUAGCCUGGGUGGCAUCCUCGGAGAGUUGGGGUAUACCAAGGAAGAAGUGCACAAAUUUUAG